UCAAUUUAAUCCUGGUGAUGAAGAAAGUGUUUCAAAUUGUGACUACCAUAGGACUCGGUAGGACUAGAUCAAAAACUGAUAUAGAGAACCCAGCUGAUCAAGAACAUAAAGAUCAUACAGGAAACCAAUCAUUCCGUAGGGCUCAAGGGCCUCCUGACUUCAUUCCGGCAAACAAUGCCACCUGCUUUGAGCUUGGCAGGUCUCUAUACAAGGGUUUCCUGGUCAUUUUCGGAUAUGGACAUUCAUGGACAAAUGCGAUGCGAGAAGAGAAAAAGAAGCAUUUAUGGGCAGUUCAGGUCGUGGAUAAACUCGUAGAACAUUCCACUACGUAUGAUAAUGAAGACGCUGGGGCUUUUCCGUCUGAUCGUGCACAGAAUGAUCACCGUGAAAUAACUUCCUCUCUUAUUGAAGGGGAGAAAGAGGAGAAAAGUCCUGCAUUGGGAAUAGAGGAAACUGCCAUAUUAGUCGCGGCAAAACAUGGAGUGUCCGAGAUCGUGGAUCGAAUUCUUCAAAAUUUUCCGGUGGCCAUUCACGACGCAAACAAAGAUAGGAAGAAUAUACUACUACUAGCUGCUGAGAAUCGGCACUUGGAAGUGUUUAAACUCUUGCCAAAGAGAAAUGUUCCGAGGGCUCUCGUGAUGCGAAAAGUGGAUGAGCAAGGCAACACUGCUUUGCAUUUUGCCGCAAUGCACAAGGCCACCAACAAGCUUUGGCCUAUUCCCGGCGCAGCCCUACAAAUGCAGUGGGAAAUCAAAUGGUACAAGUUUGUGGAGAAAUCCAUGCCACCAAGGUUUUUUUUACGGCCUAACAUUAAAGGCCAAACGCCAGAGGAGAUUUUCUCCCAAACUCACAAGGACCUCGUCAAAGAUGGCAGCAAAUGGUUAACAAACACCUCAACCGCCUGCUCUCUCGUGGCCGCACUAAUCGCCACGGUCGCUUUCGCAAGCUGCACCACGUUUCCAGGCGGCACCGACGAUAGAAGUGGCAAACCGAAGCUUCAAAACCAGCCGACAUUCGAUCUUUUCAUGACCUUUUCACUGGUUGCCCUUUGCUCUUCAGUUACUUCAUUGAUCAUGUUCCUCUCCAUCCUCACGUCGCGACAUCAAGAAAAAGAUUUCAGCACAGAGCUGCCAAGAAAGCUUCUACUGGGAUUAACGUCGCUCUUCGUUUCCAUUCUCGCCAUGCUUAUUUCUUUUUGCUCCGGUCACUUCUUCGUGCUAGAAGAUAAGCUCAAAAACGCUGCGUUUUUAGUGUAUGCCGUGACGUUUUUACCGAUAUUCUUUUUUGCUGCUGCCCAACUUCCAUUGUACAUUGAUCUUGUACAAGCUACACUUUGGAGUCCGUUUUGA